GCAACAUGACGGCAUGCUUGUUCGGCCACGCUAGAAGCAUGUACCAGUCCCCAGGCCCUGGGCCUCUCUCGCAUCCGAUUUCGUUGCCGGCGCGCACUACACUCCCGAGUUGUCUUGCCAUGACUACACGCGGCCGUAUGGUGGCCGACACUAGCCUUGGUCCGUGACUGAUGGCGUCGUCAAUUGAUCGUCUCUUAAAGAGUCGGCUGGGGUCGUUGUUUUUAGUGGUUUGAUUAAUAUACUUCAUAACUUUUAAACACACUUCUAGCCUUGCUUUCCUAUACAACAGAGGUAUACCAAUAUCUCGGUGCAGCUGAGAGCGAAGGUAUUCCUUGACAUCGAUCAUCGAGUGUGGGGCCCUUUCCGUAUUCCCGGAUUCGCUCCCGUCUCAUCUAUAUCCUGCUUGAGAAUCCCACUGGAUUGAAGUAAUAGCAAUGGCGGUGGAAAACUACGACGUCGUUAUCGUUGGCGCAGGACCUGUUGGCCUUUGUCUUUCAACGUGCCUGGCGAGAUGGGGUUACAAGAUCAAGCAUAUCGACAAUCGACCGGAACCGACCGCCACUGGACGGGCGGACGGAAUCCAGCCGCGUUCCUUGGAUCUACUCCGGAAUAUGGGCCUCAAGCGCAAGAUUAUGGAGUACGAACCUGCAAAGGUUUACGAGGUGGCUUUUUGGGACCCGGCGCAGAAGGGCAUUCACAGGACAGGUACUUGGGCUAGUUGUCCCAAGUUCAUCGAUGCACGGUACCCUUUUACUACGCUUCUCCACCAGGGCUUGAUUGAGCGGACGUUCAUUUCGGAUAUUGAGAAGAACGGCAGUGGUAUCCAGAGACCCUGGACGAUCAAGGGGUUCAAGAAUGAUGGCAAGGAUCCGACAUAUCCUGUUGAGGUCAACCUGGCGCAUGUUGAUGGCACAAUGGAGGAGACUGUACGCGCAAAGUACUUGUUCAGUGGUGAGGGAGCAAGGAGUUUUGUAAGGGACCAGCUGGGUGUCAAGAUGAUCUACAAAGAUCCUAUUGCACAUGUUUGGGGUGUCAUGGAUGGAGUUGUCAGAACGAACUUUCCAGACAUCAAGAUGAAAUGCACAAUCCACUCAGACAACGGCUCCAUUAUGAUCAUCCCACGCGAGAACAACAUGGUCCGCUUGUACAUUCAAGUCGCAUCUUCUACAGAUAAAGACUGGGACCCACGGAAGCAGGCUACUGCAGAAGACGUUCAAGCGCGUGCCAAAAAGAUUUUCGAACCAUACACCAUCUCCUGGGAUCGCGUGGAAUGGUACUCGGUCUAUCCGAUUGGACAAGGUAUUGCUGAGCGCUACACACUCGACGAGCGGGUCUUCAUGGGUGGUGAUGCCUGCCAUACCCACAGCCCCAAGGCUGGCCAGGGUAUGAACACAGCCUUCUUAGAUGCAGUAAACUUUGCAUGGAAAAUUCACCACGUAGAGAGCGGCUGGGCACCACGAUCCCUUCUGUCGACAUACGAAUCCGAACGCAAACUCAUUGCUGAGACUCUCCUCGACUUUGACGCCCGAUACGCAAAGCUCUUCUCCGCCCGGAUACCCUCAGCUGGUGAAGUCGCUGGUGCAUCAGCAAAAGAAGCCGCCGAAGACAAUGAGUUCAUCAAGACAUUCAAAGCCAGCUGCGAAUUCACCAGUGGUUAUGGCGUAGCAUAUAAACCCAACAUGGUAAACUGGGGCCCAGAACACCCCGCACAGCACCCCCUCAUCCUGUCGUACGAAAAGGGCACAACCCAACGAACAGGCAGAAUCAUGACACCGGCAACCGUCACACGUGUCGUAGACGCCAACGUCGUACAUCUGGAACAAGAAAUUCCCAUGAACGGCUCCUAUCGCAUGUUCAUCUUCGGCGGUGCCUUGGACAAGAGCGCAACAGCACUCAAAGACCUAGCAACACAGAUGUCAUCCCCAACAUCCUUCUUCAGCACGUUCCUCCACCGCGACCUCAAGGAGAAGGAUCGCUACCACGAAAAACACAACCCACAUACCGAUUUCCUUUCUCUGGCUCUUGUCUUUUCGCAGCCCCGCUCAAGUAUUCACAUCGAUGAGCAGUUGCCUCAGCCAUUUAACCGCUAUGCUGACCAUGUUUAUGCGGACGACGUCUGGGACCAGAGGGUGCCGGAUGCGAAGGCUGCGGCACAUGCUAAGAUGGGGCUUGACGAGGAGAGGGGAGGCGUCGUUGUUGUCAGGCCGGACGGGUAUGUCGGUGUUGUCGUUAAGCUGGAGGAAGGGAAGGGGACGUGUGAUGCAUUGGAUGCGUGGUUCUCGGGGGUUACAGGGAAGAAACUUGGGGGUGAGCGGGCGAGUCUAUAGACCGAGCGUUUUCCAGUCAUGAAGACACUUUUGGGACUUGCAUAGCGUUGCUUUAAUUUCUCUACAUAAAUGUAUGAAUCCGUUCAAUCGGAAACCAAUUCAUGGUAUUUG